GAUUUGAAUACAUGUAUGUAAGUGACAAACAGUUGCUCGCGUGUUCUGUUGCGUAGUUCCCAUCUCUUUUGUGUCUAUUGCAGACAUCGGCAUUUCAGCACAACAGCAAUCGCAUAGCCAACAAGGUCACCGACAAGAUGGGUGGCGAUUUGAAUUUGAAGAAGUCAUGGCAUCCGGGCCUGAUGAGCAACCAGAAGCGCGUGUAUGAGGAGGAACGCAAAGCUCUCGAAGAGCGCAAGAAGACCGAUCAGUUGGUCAAGGAGCGAGCGGAAGAACGCGCGAUCCUAGAAAUGGAGCGAUUGCAAGAGGCAGCUGGUGGCAAGAAGCGCGUCGACAAGGUAGAUUGGAUGUACAGCGGGCCUGGAUCUGGUGGCCCUGGAGUUGGUGGUGUCACGGAGGAAAUGGAAGGAUAUCUCUUGGGUAAGAGAAGACUUGACGGUUUAGUAAAGAGGAACGAGGGCGAAACAAUCAAAAAAGAUGCUGCGCAAGACACAUUCAUGACCGCUGGUCCCAGCGCGAACACCUUGCGCGACACAGCUGCUAAGGUCGCGAAUGAUCCCAUGCUAGCAAUCAAGAGACACGAGCAAGCGGCUUACGAAGCGAUGAUGAACAAUCCCACAACGCGAAAUCAACUUCUACAAGCCGCUGGCAAGGACACUGUUGAAGAGAAGGACGAAAAGAGCCAUCGUCGGCACCGACAUAGACAUCGUGACGAACGGGACGAUCGUGAACACCGCAGCAAGAAACGCGACCACGGCGAGCGAGAAUCAAGGUCGCAUCGCCACCGCUCACAUAGACAUCGAGAUCGAUCACGUUCCGACAGUCCGCGAAAUCGGUCGCGAUCUCCGUACUCAAAUCGUCGAGCAACCUCGAAUGGCGAGCGCUUACCGAGGAGAUCAGAGCAGGAUCAUCAUGGUCGUUCGAGAGGAUAUCGUAGUCGUGACUACAGUCCUCAAAGAUCACCCUCUCCAUUACGAAGGCGAGAUGCCGACAAGCGACGAUCAUACCCAAGUCCUGGCCGAUCUGCACCAAAUUCUCAGUCCCGACGGUCGCCGCCAGUGGACACUAGAUCAAGCAAGCCUACGGAUGACGGCGACGAGCGGGCCAGGAGGUUAGCAGCCAUGCAAUCCCAAGCAACAGAUUUAGAGGCGGAGCGCCGGACGAGGCUAGCGGAGAUCCAGGCUCAGGAGUCAAAGCAACGCAUGGAAGAUGAUCAACGUCGGUCUGAUCAAGGCAGAUUCGUAAAUGGACUCCGGCGUGAGGCCGAGGGCGUCGAUAUGAGUCGGCGGCUGCACGCACAACGUCGUGGCGGCGGAUUGGCGGAUGAUUGA